AUGCUGAGACGGAAACCAACAACAGUCGCCCUCACCAUCGAGGAGGUUAAAGACUACGAGAGACGCAGUAGCUAUAGACGUUAUGUCCGAUCUGAACAACAAGCCUGGGAUGAUGUGUUUCAAGAGGGAGGCUUGGGAGACUCAUCAGGAGCGGACAAGGUCACUGAGAAACGCGAGCAUGCGAGGCCUGCCAAAUCCGUCGUGACACAGUUCUCACCGUUGUCAACAUACAGGGAGCCCAUCGCUGGACCUGCUGCACGGUCUGAAGCGGAGGGCCGGAAUGCCGGAGACAGGAUCCAAAGCCGGGCUGCGACUCCCUCACUGUCAAGGCCUCGCAACAACACGAUGGAAGAGUCGUCUGAUACUGAACCGGAAAUGACAAUCCCUCAACGGCCUCUUGCGCGUCCGCCUCGAAGGCCACCCCGUCCACUAUUGUUGCCAACCCCAGCUGGAAUAGGAGUUCCGUUGAGGUAUCCACUGCCACCGCCGGGAUACAGCCAGGACGGAGCAGGGCAGGACCAGAACCCAGAUGAGACGGGCGCACCGGCAUCCGGCUUCCCGACUUGGAGGCAUGGAUGGGAACAGGCCCGGGCAAGACGGAGCUCGGGAGACACUCCACUGCCCAGCAGCGCUCCAGCAACACCGGAUCGGGCUUUCUCCAGGGCCCUGGAUCGUACUGCAGCCACCCCGGCACCCUCGGUCAGUGACAAGAAGCAUACUACUCAGGAAAGUCUGUAUCGACGCUGA